AUGGCCAUUCUUAAUACGCUGGUCAAGUUGGCCAUACCCCCAAUAUUGACAGCUCUCGGCUAUGGGUUGCAUUGUGCCUAUCAACAUCGUUGCAAGAUCAAUGAGCUACGCAAACAAGGUGUACCAAUGCCAAAAUGGAAUUGGUUCACCGGUCAUCUUCUCGUCCUCCAAGAAUAUGUUGAGCGAUUACCACCCGACGCAAAUGUCCAACUGGCCAUGCAAACUCUGGCCUUGGAAAAAUGGGGACAUACAGAAGUCUUUCUGAUGGACUUUUGGCCCGUUUACCCUACAUUUUACAUGGUCUUUGACCCGCAGACGGCGUAUCAGGUCUCGAACAAAUACAACCUGCCCAAGCUUCCCCUGCAUCUCAAAUUCAUGCAUCCGAUCGUGGGAGGGCCAAGUCUGCACGGCAUGAACCAUGAUGAGUGGAAAUAUUGGCGAUCCAUUUUCAAUCCCGGGUUUAGUGGCGGCAGUAUGAUGGAUCUGGUGCCCGCAGUGGUUGAUUCAGUCCAGGUCUUCUGCGAUAUUCUAAAGGAGAAAGCUGGGUCGAAGGAACCGAUUCAGCUGAGCCUUUUAACAACUCGAUUGACAAUGGAGAUCAUUAUGAAAGUCACUUUGGACAUGGAUUCCAAUAACCAGCGCGUCGAGCAUCCGGUCUCAAUUUCUCUACAGAAGAUUUUAGCUUGGCACUCCUUUUGGGAUCCGCGGAUCUUGAUCAAUCCCCUUCGACCAUUCAUCCAAAAGUAUCAUAGCAAUCUCAUUAAUACCUCUAUCAGGAAAGAGCUCGAGAAAAGAUUCAUUGAAAUGAAACAAAGCGAGGGACAGGAGAAGCCGCAGACGGGAUCUAAAAGAGGAAAAUCUGUUAUUGCGCUUGCCCUCGAGGCUUAUCUGGCUAAUCCCGAUCUUGGCGAGGAGAAGGCCGUCAGCGAGACAGCUGUGCUGGAUGAGCAUUUUGCGCAAUAUGCUUCGUACCAGAUCCGCCUCUUCUUAUUUGCAGGAAGCGACACAACUUCAAGCACCAUAACCUAUGUCUACCAUCUCCUCUUCAAGCAUCCUGAGAUCCUGAAACAAGUACGAGAGGAGCACGAUCGCGUUUUUGGAAGCGACCCCUCUGACGCAGGCCAACUUAUCAAGUCCGACCCGGCUCUCCUGAAUAGCUGUCCCCUGACACUCGCGGUAAUCAAAGAGACCCUACGGAUUUUCCCUCCCGCUUCAACUAGCCGGGGAGAGUUGGCAGGCACGCACGAGGCUCUAACUGACCGACAUGGCAAUUUAUACCCCAUUGACUAUGUGGGUGCCAAUAUUCUUCACCAAGCUUGCCACUUCAAUCCUCGUGUAUGGCCGCGAGCGGAGGAAUUCCUCCCGGAACGUUGGCUAGUCGAAGAAGGGCACGAACUUUACCCAGUACCAGGUGCUUGGCGUCCAUUUGAGCAGGGUCCGCGAAACUGUAUCGGUCAGACGCUUGUCUACAAUGAGAUACGCGUGCUUCUCGCGAUGAGCUUGAGAUCUUUUGACAUCUCGCCGGCAUAUGACGAGUGGGAUGCGCUCAAAUUACAGAAUGAAGGCUUGGUCAGUAGGUUGACUCGGCGGUUUGGCAAGGCGGUACCUAAUACCGUCAAUGGAGAGAGAGCCUACCAAACCGAGAAAGCCGCCUACCCAGUAGAUGAUUACCCAUGUCGUGUAAAAGUUCGGGAAUAG